GCCUGCCGCGAAGGGCAACUGUACCUUGCAACGAGUGUGGUGCUAAAUGGCUGCCAAUGUUGCUUAUCUUGGAUGCCAAUCUUCCUACGUUACAACGCGUUCAAACUAGACUUGGCGCUUCCAUGCGACCAUCGAUCGACCUUCCUCGUUCAUCUAUUUCUCUGUUGUUCGGCAGCUCGUAGCCAUCUGAGCCUGCAUUCAUGCAUCCACACCAGCAAGAUUGAGCAAUCAUGACGUCUCGACACCCCUGCAACUCUCGUUAUCUCCUACUCUACGAGUCCAGGAGAUCGUUCAUCUUCAUCUCGUCACGAAGCUCUGGCAUCCUCAUCCCGCCCGGUAAGGUCGAUCAAAAAUGCCCACGUUCCCUUCCCUCGUUCGCAUCUCCUCCAUAUUUGUCCAGUCUCUCGUUCAGGAUUUCGUUUGUUGUCUCUGAGGCCUCAGCCUCCUGUCUUCUACCAAUAUGAUAUUCUUCGCGUGCAUGUCUGGCCAUUUCACUGCCAUAGCAAUUUAUGCUAUUGUACUUGCCUCCUGGUUUCCCUUGAUAGCUCGCGCUCAGCUGGAAGUGAUUCUUUCGGUCGAAGAUGGCCUGAUCAAAGACAGCAUCGACGGUCGCAUCGUGGUUUUAUUCGCACCCAGCGGCGAAGACCCCCUCGAUGACGUCGAGGUCGAUACCACCCCAAACCUGUUCUUCGGAAUCAACGUGUUCAACUUCUCUCCGGGCAAAACGACUGUCAUCUCCAGUGGAAGUGGGACCAGUGUCGCAACAGGGCCAUUUGGAUAUCCUAAUGUGAGCCUCUCAGACGUACCCUCCGGUAGCUAUUCUGUUCAAGCCUUCCUCAAUCGCUACGAGACAGUGACUCGAAGCGAUGGGUCCACAAUCAGUGUACGGUUCCCUUGCGGCGAUGGUGCAGCCAGCAUCAACGGCUUCGGAAGUCUUUUCACCUCCAUUGUCGAUAUCGAUGUUGAAGCCGGCGCCCAAAAGAUCGAACUCGUCUUCAAUAACAUCACAGCCUUCCCGGAGCUCGCCGGCAGCGAGAUCGGUGGUUGCUAUCAAGGCAACUUCAAAGAUACUAAGAAUCUUAAACACGUCAAGAUCCGCAGCGAGGCUCUGAGCAAGUUCUGGGGUCGAGAUAUGUAUGUCGGGGCCAAAAUUCUGUUGCCUCCAGGAUAUGAUGCAGCGGAUAAGAAAACCAGAUACCCUGUCAUCUACCAACAAGGCCAUUGGCCCUCAUCCGGUGGUCCUUUUCGCUAUCCCACCGCAGCCUUCUCAUAUGAGUGGGAUGCUGGCAUGAUCAAUGCCACAGAGGAUUCAGCCGGGCGUCCCACCCCGAAGGUCAUCCUAGUCAACUUCCGACACGAAUCGCCAUACUAUGACGACUCAUAUGCUGUCAACACGGCAAACAUCGGUCCGUACGGAGACGCUAUCAACGACGAACUCAUUCCACACCUCGACUCCGUCUUCAACACCAUUGCUGAGCCAUAUGCACGUAUUCAAACAGGAGGUUCAACAGGAGGCUGGGUCUCAGCCGCCUCUGUCAUUUUCCGGCCUGAUCUAUUUGGCGCUGCUUUCUCAUCCUACCCUGACUCAAUGGACUUCCAUCGCCAUCAAGACAUUGAAUUGUACACAGCCAAGAAUGCUUACAUCAGUGCAGAUGGCAGCGCCACCCCGUCCAUCCGGGAAUUCGACGACGAUGGCAAUGAGCUUAUCUUGGCAACGGUGGCACAAGAGAACCACUGGGAGCUCACAUUUGGCACGUCGACCCGUUCGUCUUUGCAAUGGGAUGUGUGGAACGCUGUGUUUGGCGUGCAAGGUCUGAAUGGAUACCCCCUCGAGCCCUGGAACAAAGUAACAGGAGAGAUAUACCCAGAGGCGGUCAAGUACUGGAAACACUUUGACCUGGCAGACUACAUUGUCAGCAACUGGAACAGCGAACGGAAGCUCGGCGAGGUACUUCGAGAGCGUUUGUUCAUUUACGUUGGCACUUGGGAUGACUACUUCUUGAAUGAAGGCGUCGAGGAGUUCCAGAAGCGCAUCGAAGCCAUGGGGGGCCCCACUUGGGCCAAUGUCACAAUCCUUCCGGAGAAGCCUCAUGGCGGGUAUUACCAAGAUCGGAACUUUUGGGACUACAUUGAGCUUCUCUACAGCUGGAUCGAAGAUCACGCCCCUGAUGGCGCCACCCCACUUCCAGGCUCGGUCACCAAACCCUUUUCGCGUGGAAACACCUUUUCUGAAGUACUGGAAUACGGCAGCCACAAGGCUGCAGUGGCACGUCAAGCGUCACCAUUGAUCAACGCCCGAGGUUUCAGCAAAUCCGGACCCGUCUUCGAAGCCAGUGUGGGCCGGUGGGACCCAGGUGUCGCUCUCGAGGCACAAUGGUUCAUCAACGGCAAGCCGAGCGGCGAUGAGUUUAAAGUAGAUCAAGGCCAGGUAUUGAAGUAUGUCCCAACAGUAAAAAGCCGCACUUCGUUUGUGCAGCUAUAUGUCACUGGUCGCAAGGCAGGCUAUGUCGACGAAACAAGGAAAAGCAACUCGCUUCCCACAAUCAGGAAGUGGGUAUCAUCAGGCUGGGAGCCUUGGAGCAAGCCAGGUUCCUAGAGUGCUGACGAAUGACCAUUCUUGUAUAGCUUUUUUAUAUCUAAAAGCCUACUAUUUGAC